AUGGUCUGUGUUAGAAUUACGCCAUGGGAUACUUCAAUUAUCUCUGUUAUGGUGCUUCUUGCUAGAGAAGCCAUGGCCAAUAGUCCCUUUCCGGACUGCACGACAGGACCGUUGAGUAUAUUGGCAGUAUGUGACCCGUCUAAAGAUGUGCUCACUAGGGCCAAUUCCCUUGUGGCUGCCAUGACGCUAGGGGAGAAAAUCAACAACACUCAAUACGACUCUCCCGGGGUAUCUCGCCUUGGUUUACCUAUGUAUAACUGGUGGAGUGAGGGUCUACACGGUGUCGCCGGUUCCCCUGGUGUUCAUUUCGCCGAAAAUGGACCCUUCAGCUACGUAACCUCGUUCCCGUCACCGAUCGUCCUAGGAUCAAUGUUUGAUGAUGACCUGGUGAAGGAGAUUGCCACCGUGAUCAGUACAGAGGGCCGUGCAUUUGGCAAUACAGGCCACUCUGGUUUUGACUUCUGGACGCCAAACAUCAACCCAUUCAAAGACCCUCGCUGGGGUCGUGGUCAAGAGACUCCUGGAGAAGACGCCUUUCAUGUAGCCCGAUAUGUCUAUAAGCUUAUUGACGGUCUACAAAAUGGCAUUGGCCCUGCUCAGCCACGAAUUGUUGCGACAUGCAAGCACUUCGCUGCGUAUGAUCUUGAGGAUUGGGGGAAUGUCACACGCCAUACUUUCGAUGCUAUUGUCUCCACCCAAGAUCUUUCUGAGUAUUACUUACCAUCUUUCCGGUCAUGCACCCGUGACGCGAGAGUGGACGCGGUUACAUCAGAUUGUGGCGCGAUUGACGACAUUUAUCUAAGUCACAAUUAUACGUCCACUGGUGCCGAAGUAGCAGCCGUCGCAUUGAAUGCUGGGACCGACUUCGACUGUGGUUCAGUCUUCCCGGAUUAUUUGGGCUCCUCUCUCGCACAUAGACUGACAACAACGAAGGCCCUGGACAAAGCUAUGAUCAGAAGGUACUCCUCGCUGAUAAAGCUGGGUUAUUUUGACCCGGGAAAAGACCAGCUAUAUGGGUCCCUGGGAUGGUCGGACGUUGGAACCCCAGCUGCUCAGGAAUUGGCUCAAAGGGCCGCAGCAGAGGGUAUUGUACUGCUCAAGAACAACAAUAAAGACGGUGGCUUUGAUUGGACCGGCGCCACAAAUACCGGAUACAAAGUCAAUUUCGCUCUAGGUACGGAGAUCAAUACAACCACCACUACUGGGUUCGAUCCCGCUGUGAGCGUGGCCAAACAAGCUGACAUAGUGAUUUACGCUGGAGGAAUUGAUGACACAAUCGAGGCAGAGGGCCAUGAUCGAAUGUCCACUGAUUGGCCUGGAAACCAAUUUGAUUUGAUUCAGAGACUGGCGCAGGUUGGCAAACCCUUGGUUGUCGUGCAAUUUGGUGGAGGGCAACUCGAUGGCUCCACUUUGCUGUCUAACGAUCAUGUCGGGACAUUACUUUGGGCCGGUUAUCCGGGUCAAGCUGGGGGUGCAGCUGUGUCUGAUAUCUUGACAGGAAAUGAAGCUCCGGCUGGACGGCUCCCGGUUACUCAAUAUCCGGCGGAAUACGUCAACGAUGUGGCUAUGACAGACAUGUCACUACGACCUAGUAGUGACAAUCUUGGCCGGACAUAUCGAUGGUACAAAGAUGCUGUAUUGUCAUUCGGCUAUGGGCUUCACUAUACAAGUUUCCACGUCGCCUGGGCGGAGGGCAGCCUCGGGCCGUAUAGUACGAGUAGGCUAGCUAUGCAUGCGUCAAACAUAGCACCAGUUGUCACUGCUCUCUUCGGCACUUUCACUCUUAAUAUCACCAAUUCCGGAAAAGUGACAUCUGAUUAUGUGGCACUUAUGUUUCUGACGACCGACAACACCGGGCCCACGCCAUAUCCAAGCUUGAAUUUGGUAGGCUAUCAAAGGGUCAAGAAACUCAAGCCUAGGGAGACGCACAAGGUUGAUAUUGUCGUCACAUUGGGCUCGGUUGCCCGAACUGCAGAAAAUGGUGACUUAGUGUUAUACCCUGGUACUUAUAUGCUGCAGGUGGAUGUUGGAUGCAAAUAUCCAACAGGAUCCUUUAGCAUUGUUGGAGGGCAGAAAGUGUUGGAUCGAUUUCCCUCGCCUCCAAAUUAG